AGAGUGCGUGCGAGAGAGGAGUGAGAGAGUCCAAGCAGGAACUGCAACUGGUUAGCUCCGAGCCAGUUUCACAAUCGCACACUGGGACAGCGUGUGAGAUGAAAUCUGAUGCAAAGGCAGUAAUGUCACUCUGGAGAGAGAGGGGGAAAUAAUGUGGGAGAGUUUGUCCAUUGCCACGCCUGUCAGUGACGCCGCGCCAUUGCACAGAAUCGGAGAGUGAACCCCGGGUGAACGAACACACGCUAUGAGUUGGGUGAAAAUAAGAGAGAAUCUCAGGCAAAAAAAGGCGCCGCGACUUUGAAUGAAGCGAUCAAGCCGGAUCUCAUUAAUCCCUCUAGAUAAUCCCGCUGGAUCUAAUUCCAUGUGAUUCCUGCCGUGGACCUCUGGGAGGAGAACUGGAAAGUCAGCAGUAUGUGCCUGCUGCCAAGAAUUGCUGGCACAUGAGGAGUAAGUCGGACAUCCGUGCUUUUGGAACUCUACACACAUGGACCCCGACAGGUACAGGGACCCCAACUAUUCUUUCAGGCCUACACUCCUUAUUUAUGCAAGGACUUGUCUAAAGGACAGCUUGAAAUUGAUGGGCGGAAGGAUCUGUUUCUCUGCUGUGCUACUCUAUUACAGGACAUCUCAGCAAAUGGCAGCACAGUGGCGCAGCGGUAACGUUGCUGCAUCACACUGCCAGAGACCCGGAUUCGAUCCUGACCUCAGAUGUGCCUUAUCUUGAUGGAACACUGGCCACAUUGUUGACACUAAAUGGACGACCUUGACUUCGAAACAAUGGAGGAGGUGUUUGCAAACCUUUCUGAUUUGACUGGCGGCCUCAACAAAACCUGUUCCUUAAACAAGGGCUUCCAGUUUUAUUAUCUGCCCAUCAUGUACAUUAUCGUCUUUGUCACCGGAUUCAUCGGCAACAGUGUUGCUCUCUGGAUGUUCAUCUUUCACAUGAGACCUUGGAGCAGCAUCACCAUCUACAUGUUCAACCUCGUCCUGGCUGACCUCUUCUACGUCUUCUCCUUGCCCAUCCUAAUCUUCUACUACUUCAACAAAACCGACUGGAUCUUCGGCGAGCUCCUGUGCAAGCUUCAGCGGUUCAUCUUCCACGUGAACCUGUACGGCAGCAUCCUGUUCCUGACCUGCAUCAGCGUCCACAGGUACACGGGAGUUGUCCACCCCAUGAAGUCGCUGGGCAGGCUGAAGAAGAAGUCGGCCACCAUUGUGUGCGUGUGCGUGUGGAUUACCGUCAUGGCCGGCAUCUCCCCCAUACUUUACUUCUCCAGAACGGGGCUGAGAAGAAACAAAACCAACACCUGUUACGACACCACGUCUAAGGAGCUCCUGGAAACCUACUUCAUCUACAGCAUGAGCACCACCUUCUUUGGAUUCUGCAUCCCCUUUGCCACCAUCUUGGUCUGCUACGGUUUCAUAGUGAAGGCACUGAUAUCAAACGACAUGAAGACUCCACUCCGGGGCAAGUCCGUGCGUCUGGUCAUCAUUGUGCUGGCCGUCUUCGCCAUCUCCUACCUGCCCUUCCACGUCAUGAAGAACCUCAACCUUCAGUCCAGACUCUAUUACCAAGGGCUAGACACUUGCGAGUGGAACCGAAGGGUCUACGCCACGUAUCAAGUGACCAGAGGUCUGGCCAGCCUCAACAGUUGCGUGGACCCUAUCCUGUACUUCCUGGCAGGAGAUACAUUCAGGAGGAGGUUCACAAACGCUGCCAGUAGGUUCAUGACUCGACGGAGCGAACUCUCUAUGCAGUUCAGGAGUGAAGACAGUCCACUCCAGCCUGUGUCAAAUAUUUCACAGAAUGGAGACACUUCCUUGUAAACCUGUUUUUUGUAGGCAGUGAAUUGUGUGACCGUGUAGGUUUGGAGGGCACAGUAAAUUAUUACACUUGAGACUUAAACUCUAUAGGAAACGAUGAUACGUGAAAUGUCCAGGAAUUAAAUGUUCGUGCUCGCAAUCUUUACGGAAGUAUUCUGUUUCAAAAUUAAUCUCCACUGGAAAUGUUUAGACUUUAUACAGCGCGGAACCAUGCCCUUUGACCCACCAAGUCCGUGACGACCCGCAAUCACGCCUUGUAUCUUGUACACUGUGGACGUAGUCAUGUAUAGUCUUUCCACUGACUGGAUAGCACACAACAAAAAGCAUUUCACUGUACCUCGGUACACGUGACAAUAAACGAAACUAAACCCCA